UCAUCCUUCCAAUUUUAUCGUAUGAAUUGUACUGGAACGGUUAAGUUUUGCCUCUUUUUGGCUUUAGACAGAGAAAUGUGUAAAGUAAAAUAAGGCUAAGAAACAUGAUUGUCAUCAGGCUCCAUUUUGGACUCUGAAUAAAUUGUAUCGCUAACGUCAUUGUGCAUUUAUUUAAUAAACUUGACGAUAAUUAUUAAAGGAGUGCUUAUCCUGUCUGGGAGAGGGAAAUAGGACAAAAUGCCUUGAGAACCUGCAGUCAACCAAGUGAUACUCUUGCCUGCUUAGCCAAAGCAGUCACGAUCAAAGCAUGAUAACAGUUUCAGUUAUCGGUGGGGCAUCCAUGGUAACGAAGACGUACUUCGGCUGUAACCGUUAGCAACAAGAAGACAGCGCACAAAUCUUUGACGGGGCUCAUUACUUUUUCCAUAAAUUUUUCCGCCUGAUCGUGCAAUCAGUUUUCUGUCAUCAAACUGCAAUGUCUUCCCUCGUUACAGCUGUGUUAAAAUCAUUCAUUGGUGCACUGAUUAGCAAAGGUCGCUCCUUAGCAGCGAAAAAGCUGAAAGAUGGUGACGUUGCAGAUGUUAAAAUACGCCAGUUGAUCGUUCAAGACAUGGACGACAUCAAGUCGAAGUUGGACGAAAUAUCAAGGAAAGAUCUGAAAACCAGUAUAAGCUUUUUUAAUGAUGGAGUUGUGUACCUUGGCAAGGUUCUGGAUACAGAAAUAGACGGCAGUGGAGCUUCAGAGUGGAAAGAAGUUACAACUGAGGUCCGUGGAGCAACCAAAGAAAUCAAAGUAAAGGAAAACAACGUUGUUUCUUCGGCGAAAAGAAUGAAAAUCUUGCGGGUCGAUAUAAAUGAAGAAGCAACGAAGGUCAUUGAAGAAGCCAAAAGUAGAUUCGAAGAUGCUCGUAAAAAAGCAAUUGAAGCCUUUUCCAACCCAGCCCUAUACACCUCUGAUCGCCUUCUUGCCAUGGCGAUUCGUAUUAUGGCGACUGUCUUAGAGAAGGUGGACAAUCCAGGGAGCGCUUUAGACUCAUUAAGAUACUGUCUUGAAGAGCUUCACUCGCUGCCCGCAGUGCAGGAAAACUUUAGCGUAACGCUUAAGAAAGGAUUCAAGUCGAAGUUUGGCCAGGAUCAACGGAACGAAAUUAUCUCUUCGGUUUGUCACAUGAAUCGCAUUAUUUAUGAUCUAACGCAUGAGUUCGUAGAAGAUGGAAGUAAAUCUAAACAGCUGUUGAUAUGGCCAUGUAUUGAGGUUGAUGGAGAAAAAAUCGAUCUACUGCGCGACGCAAGAAUAGCUGAAGGGCUCCGUGAAAUGGGCAUGGAACAGUAUUGUGUGCAGCCUUGGUCGUUUAGUCAGAAAGGUAAAGAAGAAGAGCAGUUAGAACAGAUACAAAGUAUCGCUAUAAAUACGAAAGGACAGUUUAUAGUCGGAGAUCAGAGUACAAUUAACGUGUUUGACAGAAGGGGAAACUUCCUUUCCUCCUUUUCUCCCCCAGGAUACAAUGUCGCUGGGGAAUAUGUAGCAGUUGAUCAUGCCGACAACGUGUACAUACUUGUACCUGACUGCAUGCGCACUAGCGUUUUAUACGUGUUCGACGCCCAAGCAAAAUUCGUUCACAGUUUCAGAGUUAGCACGGGCAGGCGAGGAUAUCUAGUCCAUUCGCUGAUGGUAGACUGUAACGGUAACGUUUUGAUGUCGAUGCGUACUAAUUACGGUGACUGUUCGAGACCUAAAAUCGAAUCGUUAAGGGUGGAAGUACUUUCAAAAAGUGGAUAUCGUCUUCGCAGUAUCGAUGUUUCAUGCGGGGGUGCGACAUCUUGUCUUUGUACAACUGGUGAAGGACGUCUUUUCAUACUUGCUCAGCAAGAUUCCAUUCUGCACUCAUAUAGCAUCGAGGACAACUCUGACUAUGAAGAAAAACCGAUACAAUUGGAAAAUGGGACAGAUCACUGCGCUAUGAAGUUUCACCAGCCAAGUGAACAUUUCUUCGUCCUGUCCGCUUUACCCUUGAUUGUCUCAAUGUACAACAAAAACUGCGAAUGCGUGCGCACGAUCCCACUGAAUGUUGGCUCUGAGUUCAAUGGUAUACCCACAUCAAGCUUUGCAGUAGACAACGAUGGACAUAUCGUCGUUGGGAUUAUGACCAAAAAAUCCUCCAAGCAACUCGUAGGCGUUGUAUAAAUGAAAAGACUCAAACAAGUUACCCAUUGUUUGUGUAUUGUUAUUGUUACUUUGAUAACUCAUAGUGUUCAUUCGAACAAGUGACUAAUUAUCCAGCGUAUGGGACAUUUUAUGCUUGACAUACAAAGAUCGGUACAUCUUGAAGGAUAAAUUAAGUUGUUGCACUGAGAUUUUCAAAAUGCCCAUUUCUCCUGUGACAUUUACUCACAGUUCACGAAAUAUCUUAAUUGGGUCUGUCCUAUCACCUAUUACUAUUCAAAUAAACUACCACUGUUGCUCGUUAAAUUAUUUUAAGAGUAACACACUUUGUGUCUACAGGAUGAGUUUUAAAAGAAAGAGUAAUUGUACUCUCUGACACAUUGUCACGCUGAUGUUGUCUGCUACGAAUAUUUCAUCUGUAUUAUUUCUUUGUAGAUGAAUGCUGUAAUAUCUUAGGCUUGUAUUAUAUUAUGAACCCCAAGACCAUUAUAUCAGGUUGCUCGGUUUAUGCUGCAGUUCAGGCACAAAAAUCAAACAAACUAAAAGUGAUUUGUUGUGAUGUAAUACUGUUUGCAUUGGUUAUUUAUUUCUUAGUGUUUCGUGUGUUUUUUUCACACCUGACUAUAUGAGGCUUUAACUAUCAUUAGUUUAAUUUCCAAUGCUUUGAUGUAUGAAACUAACUGCAUAGUGUUGGAUUACUACAAGUAGACUUGUUGAUUUGUAGAGUUAACUAAAGAGAAAGAGUAGUAAGCGGCGAGCAAAGAGCACUAGGAUUCUAGAAGACAACUGCCAUGUUUAUUUCUCCUCGUGGUCUCUCGUUACAUAUGAUAAUUUAUGCUAAUUCUGACAACCAGAUGAGAUAGCCAAUCAACAGACCAAGUUGAUAAACUAAAGUCAUUAUUUCCAUUAAGCCCUAGUACUGUGUACUUAACAGACAGAUUCCAUGUUAAAGUGCUUUGGGACUGCUAUAAGAAAAAUACUGUCCACAAUUAUCAUAAUUACAUAUUUUAUAGUAUUCUUUUUAUUGUACUUACAACUGGAGGAAUGGAAUAUGCCCCAACUUUAUGGAUAA